AUGCUUACGCCGGGGCACAAAAUUCGGCUGAAGACGCUGGAGGACCCUCCGAGGUAUCUCAGGCACAGAUGUGGCAGAAUCUACGCUGACCCCUGGGAUUGUUCGAGCUUGUUUUCUCAGGAUUCACUCUGGAUCGUGCGGAGAGGCAUCACAGGCAAAGGCCAGACGGUAAGCUUUGAGAGCGUGAACUACCCAGGCGACUUUGUGAGUGUUGACGGCAGGAUGGUCUCCAAGCGAAGUGGCAGAGGACAUGAGGAGGAGUGCACGUGGAGUCCUAGCAGGGCUGGCUUCGAUCGCUUGCCUCGGUGUGUGAGGUUUACAUUAGCUGGAACCCAGGAUGACUGCCUCUUUUGGCCGAUGGAAGGGCAGGUACAAGUCCUUCCCCCUUUUGGAAGGGAAGGGUCUAUCCACACAGGCUGGCUAAUGGAGGGAGAGGAGGACGGCACGCCCCCGUCUAGUCCACGAGCAGCGACCAUCAUACCACCUGGUUGGAACAGACAGUUCCCCCGUGGCAAUGCCGAGUACAACUUUUUCAAGGCCCUUUUGGCGAUUCUCCAGGCCGUUGAUCCUCAAAACUUUCCCAAUGCUCUGCACAACUUCAACCAUGUCGUUUCAGCAGGCAACUUGAAUGCCAUCUUCAAUGGGGGCGUCAGUUUACAACUGACGGGUGGCUAUGUGCAGUCAGUGGAGAUGGUUGGGAUAACGUUGCAAAACCUUGCCCUGCUUGCGCCAGUGGAAGUUUUGCACCUCUAUAUGGCAAUGGAUCGCAUUGUUCAUUUCCGAAACCUGAGCAUGGAAGAGUAUCCUCAUUGGGAUCGAGAUUCUGGCCAUUAUGGUGCAUCACACGCAUGGGCCAGGUCCAUUCGCUCGGUGCUUUUGAUACUCAGUACACCGGCUUUCGCCGCAGCCUAUGGGCUCCACAGCGCUGCUCAACAGGUUGGACGUAUGACUUGGGGUGAGAUUGUGAACCUGUUGCUCAUGGUUUGGACUACGACUGCACAAGUUGUGUACGGCUCAGCGCCAAUCGACUUUGGCGGGAAACCACCUUUGCCAUUCUGA